AUGUCUGCUGCCAGCAUCCAAAGCUUCAGCUCACUUCCUGAACAUAUGCAAGACUUCCUGUACUAUCAACACUGUCGACAUUUUCCCUUGCUCCUUGACCUUCCAAACAAAUGUGGAGGAGCUGAUCGAUCUUCUGAAGUCUUCCUGCUGCUGGUCAUCAAAAGCGGCCCAGAAAACCACGAACGCCGAGAAAUGCUUCGUAAGACCUGGGCCAAAGAGAGGUUACAGAGUGGAGUGUGGAUCAGACUGAUUUUCCUUGUUGGAACAACAGGCUCUGGUUUUGAGAGGAAAAGACUGAACAAAGUUGUUGAGCUGGAGCACAGUCAGUACAAAGACAUACUUCAAUGGGACUUUACCGACACAUUCUACAACCUCACCUUGAAGCAGGUAAUCUUUCUGGAGUGGUUUAAAAGAAACUGUCCAAAGGCACGCUUCCUGUUAGAUGGUGACGAUGAUGUUUUUGUGAACACAAAUAAUGUGGUCAAGUAUCUCCAAAGCCUUAAGGACAACGAUGGAAGCAAGCACCUUUUUGCUGGCUGUGAGACAGGGGGUGGGCCUGUUAGAGACUCAUGGAGCAAGUAUUUUGUUCCAGUUCAGUUGUUUGAGUCAAAUGAGUACCCCCCCUAUUGUAGUGGUGGGGGCUACAUACUGUCUGGUUACACUGCUUCGGUCAUAUACAACAUGUCCAAGUCCAUCCCUCUUAUUCCUAUUGAUGAUGCUUACAUGGGAAUGUGUCUAAACAAAGCAGGACUUAGUCCCAGUUUUCAUCGAGGGGUGAAAACAUUUGGAGUGCACUUUCGCUCUGAACAUGUGGAUGAAUAUGACCCUUGUUUUUAUAAAGAGCUUUUACUGGUCCACAGAUUUCUUUCAGAGAAAAUAUAUUUUAUGUGGCACAGUGUAAAUGAUCCCAACCUCAAAUGCUUUGGUAAUGACAAAAAGUGA